UAUCUUGUGUGUAUACGCCUGAGUCUCAAAGCGGCAAAAGCGAAAGAAGUCGUAGUGCAAAUAAUUUUAACGGAGCGGAAAAAUAUAGAUACAUCAGAACCAUGUCGGACUAUAGAUCACAAUCGCGCAGUGGCGGGGGACGUGGCGGCCAGGAGUACUCAAACGACGACGAUCCGCCGAUGUCGCGUCUCUUCAUCAUUUGCAACAAGGCGCACACGGAGGAGGAUUUCCGUGAAGCCUUCUCGCCAUACGGCGAAAUCGAGGAUAUCUGGGUGGUGAAGGACAAGCACACCCAGGAGAACAAGGGAAUCGCCUACGUCAAGUUCUCCAAGACAUCCGAUGCGGCCAAGGCGCAGGAGGAGAUGAACGGCAAGACCAUCGGCAAGAUGGAUCGCACCCUUAAAGUCCUUGUGGCAGCCAAUCGGAAUCAGGGCUCAAAUAAGUCUGAGAACGAGCAGGAGAAGUACGUGAGACUCUUCAUAGUCAUCCCCAAAACGGCCACCGAGGAGGAUAUUCGCGAGGAAUUCUCGCAGUGGGGCGAUGUGGAAUCUGUCACAAUUGUCAAGGAGAAGAACAAUGGCAAUCCCAAGGGCUUCGGAUAUGUCCGCUUCACCAAGUUCUACUAUGCAGCUGUGGCUUUCGAGAACUGUUCCGCCAAGUAUAAAGCUGUCUUUGCCGAACCAAAGGGUUCUACGCGCACGCAGCGAGACCAGUACGGCCGUCCCUCCGAGGACAAUCCCUUGUAUAGCAGCUCGGGACGUGGCAAUUCCAAUUUUAAUGGAGGCGGUAGCAGCAGCGGUGGCGGCGGCAGCAGCAGCUACAACAACGACUGGAAUGUGUCGCAGAACAACGACAUGGCGGCCUUCCUGCGCAUGCAGAAUGUGCCAGUGGCCCAGCCGUCCUGCCUUGAGGUUAACGUGAGCAACUGCGUCAACCAGGAUCAGCUCUGGCGUCUCUUCGACAUCAUUCCCGGCUUGGAUUACUGCCAAAUCAUGCGGGAACAUGGACCGCGCACCAAUGAGGCCUUAGUGGUGUAUGACAACCCAGAAGCCGCAAUUUAUGCCAAGGACAAACUCCAUGGCCUGGAGUACCCAAUGGGCGAACGCAUCAUUGUCAAAGUCAAUGGAAUGAGCUCAGCUCGCAUGGACACAUCCUUCAUAGACAAGCGCACCAAAAAGGAUGCCAUCUGCAAUGUGCCUUUGCCCCCAACUCAGCCACUGGCAUCGCCGGACGACCAGGUGGCCCAACGACUGUUCAUUGUGCUCUCAGCGAACUUGCCGCAUUCGAUAUUGAAGAACAUUUUCUCUUGCUGGUCGGGACUGAUCGACGUCUACCUUCUGCCCAACAAGAACUGUGGCUACGUCAAGUAUGCGGAGGUCGAGAGUGCUCAAUUGGCCAUUCGCACCCUAAACGGAGCCGAAAUUUGCGGCACCAAAAUCAAGGUCAUGGAGGCUGAGGAGCGCAGUGGGUCCGACGGCGAUGAUGGCGGUCGCAAGCGUUUGAGGCGUAACUGAGUGUAAGUAGCUAGUUGAGUAUGCAUAAUUCCUGUAUCUAUUAAUGUAGUUGAACUGAGUGUGUGCCGUGGUCCGAGGUAAGUAGCUGUGCAAAUUCCAAACCGAAACCUUUUAGAGUUUUAAGUCAAUGUGCCGAGCGUCUUUGUUGGGCCAACCUCCUGCUGCACCUGCCCUGUGCACCGGUUGGCCAUCGAUGUCCACGAUACCCAUGCCGCCCACUGAGCGCGAACAUAAUAAGCCAAACCCUUUUUUAUCUUUCUAUCUCCACAGACCCACUGACAACCAAGAACUUACAGAGAACGCAAUGUACGAGUACGUAACUAACUUGAGCAUACAGUCCGAUAAAAACAGUUGAACUGACCACCAACCACCAAACAACGCAACAACCAACCAAUAACCAAACAAGAACCACCACCACAACAACACUCUCUUUACGGAAUGCCACAAGAACCCGAACCAGAACCACGGGGACUGGAGAACGCAGACCGGAAACGGAAACGGCGAACGAAGACCAUACCCGGGUGAACAAACCAAACAGGCCAACGAAAUCACCACACCCGUUGACUACUCUACCUAUUGACUUACUCAAGUGGGCCUCGUACAGAGCACUCGUAGAAAGACCCAUACGACCUUUAAACGGAGCCAACGAAACUGCAAUGCUUGCUAUAUGCACUAUAUACACAAAAUGUCGUAUAUAUGUGUACUCAUACCGCUUAGGGGACUUUUGAAUCUACCCGUGAUACAGAAACGAACUCUGUGAAACUUGAACUCUUACAAACGUAUUCCGACGAGAUUCAGCCAAGCAAUACAUUCAAGCGCAAUGAAUUUCUCAAGAGUAUCAACUCUGUCUCUUAAAUACACGCUAAGCCACAGCGUGAAAAGUUAUUCUUUUCAUAUAUUAGAUUUAAAAAAAAAGAUAUUUUACUGUAUAAGGCCAACAAUAAAUACAACAAAUACAAAUGGAUCCAAAAAAUUAAA